AUGUUCUCCUGGCUCCGGCGUUCGGCACCGACAACCCACCUCGACCCCGUCGACGCGCCAUCUCGCGCCUCGCCGCCUCUUCCUCCUCGCGACCCCUCCCCCUCGACCGACCUCGCCGCACCCUCUCCCCCACCUGCGUCCGCCCCUCGCUCGUCCUCUCCACCAUCGAGCACGAGCGCGCCCGCCGCAGAAGACGCCCGCACCGCCCGCAACCGCAAAAAGCGCCAGCAGAAGAAGAAGUCGGCCCAGAGGCACAAGCGCCAGAGCACCACCGCGCCCGGCAGCGAGGCCGGUGACGGCGACGACGACGACGAGCGCGAGCCGGACGACGACGAUGUCGGCGCACCGGCGCCAGAGGCCGACGACGACUUGAGCUACCUCGAGCGCAUCGGCGGCCUCAAGCGCCAGCGCGAGGACAAGGCGCGCGAGCUCGCUGCCGCGGCAGCAGCGGCGGGAGGACGAGGUGGCGGUGCGGUACCAGGGGCGGCAGGAGCAAGUGCAGCGGGCGGCGCGGUGGGCUCGGUCGGGGCGUCGGCGGCGGGUGCGAGCGGCGCAGCACGAGCAGGCGCACCGCUGCACGACGCGUUCGCGCUGCCGGGCGAGGCGCCUCUCGACACGCGCGGCGUCACGGCGGGGCCGGAGCAGAUCGAGGCGGCGCAGCUCGUCGGCGAAAUGUUGCGCCAGGGCAAGAUCCGGCCGGGCGCGACGGGCCCGCUCAACCGCAUCAGCGGCUUGCCCGACGGCGCAGGCCAGGUCAACGGCCUCGACAUCCCGUCGACGCACGAGUUGCGCAAGACGGCAAAGGAGAACGGCCUCGUGCCGUUCACCGACGACCGCGGCAUGCUCCGGAUUGGCGUCCGCGUCGCGCCCGACGUCGUCCUCAUGCACCCCAAGGACGGCAAGGGCGAGCCCAUCCUCUUGCGCAUGUAGCAUCCUGCAUCGAUGCCCUUUUCGCGGCCC